AUAGGGAAGCAACCACAACAGGUCCUGGUGAAAUGCAGAAAAACCUGUAGGGACAUGAAGAGGGUGAAUUCACUGACAUAUCUAGACACACACACACAAACACACCCACCCACAUUAACAGACUUCCUCAUGAGAAAGGCAGAUGAGCCAGCUGUCUUGUUUUGCAAGAAACACUAGUUCCUGGAGGUGCCCAUUCAGUGCUGUAAUAGUCAUCUGAUCUCACUCACAGGGUGGACGAUAUGGGGACCUAUACAGACCAGGGGGACCAGUACAUGCUAAAUGGGAGUCCAGAGGGGGCGAAGGCUGCUCCCUACAUCCAGGACAUGGAGCUGAGGGAGGAAUGGCAGGAUGAGGAGUUCCCCAGACCGCUUCCUGAAGAUGCCCAUAGUCCUGAGACCCCAGGAGAAAAUGCAGAGAGACCAGCUCCACCCACCAGCCUGGCCCUUUCAGGAAACCCCAUAAGGAAGAAGCGUCUGGUGGCGCCCACCCUCAGCCUGACCCUGUCCCGCACCGACUCAGCAGACCGCAGUGUGAAGUCAGGGGACACCGGGUACUCCGCCGCCGCUCUCUCACCCGACGAAGACGACACGGACCUGGACAUCAACCUGGAGGCCCUGGAGACGCCCUCGGACAGCGAGUCCUGCAACUUCCCUGACAGCAUGCACGAACUGGAGUGGGAGGAUGACCUGCCGCGGCUGGGCCGGGGGGAGGAUGGUGUUUUAGGCACAACGGUGAUGGAGCAGGCAGAGAUGGGCUCCAUGGAGCUAGACCAGGUGGACAACAGGGGGCGCCGCUGGAGAAGGUUCUGCGUCGCAGGACAGGAGUACCACGUCAACAUGAGUGUCCUGGAGCCAUACCUCCAGGUGCUGUCCCACGGAGGUUACUACGGGCAGGCUAUGAAUGCCAUCAUCAUGUUCUCCUCCUGUUACCUACCAGAGAACACGGUGGAGAACUAUGAGUACGUCAUGGACAAUCUCUUCAGGUACAUAGUGGGGACGCUGGACCUGAUGGUGUCAGAAGGCUAUGUCAUGGUGUACCUGUGCAGCAUGGCACCCAGGAAUAAGAUGCCCGCCAUCAAAUGGCUGCGACAGUGUUACACCUCCAUUGACAGAAGGUUGAGGAAGGAUCUGAAGGGACUCUUUGUAGUCCACCCUGCCUGGUACAUCAAAGCACUCAUCACUGUCGUCAAGCCUUUCAUCAGUGAGAAGUUCAGCCGGAAAAUCCGCUUCAUUCACAACCUGCAGGAGCUGUCCGAGUACAUCCCCAUGGAACGCCUGCAGAUUCCCGACAGCAUCCGAGAGUAUGAUGCGAGGAUGAACGGGUGAGGUGAGGCACAUAUCGUGGGAAGCCAAAGAGCUGACAUUUUGAGUGGAAAGGCGAAGGAGGGGAUAACAGCGGACGACCAGGAACUAUGGGCUGAAUUGCCAUGGAAGUUCAAAGGUUAACUAGUCUAAAUGUCACCCUGCAGGUAUGCUUGGACGUGCAGCACUUUUGUUGUACAGAAAAUGAAAAACUUUCAGUUUGUACAGACACACCUUUUAUUUAUUCAUCGUUGAAUGUAAUGUCACUAAAGAAGUUCACUACCCCAAGCCAAUGGCUUUGCAACAGUUUCAUAACUGCCCCUAUUUUGUGGUACUUGAAUGCAACCCUGUCAUAUGUGUCUGCUAAAUUACUCAAAUGUAAAUGUAAAUAUGUAUUGAUGCCAGAGUGAUUUGUGAGACCUGUCAUCAAGGGGCAACCUACAGUCCGUUUGAACACAACAUUUAACACUAGAGUUAAAUGAAAGGUCCAGAUGGUUUUCUGUUACAGUUACCUUCACUGGAACUCACAGUAUGACAUGUACUGCUACUUUAUCUGUAAGGGCUUACUGCACUCUAGUGCCAAGUACAACACCUUUGACUGUCAGGUAGAUGGGAUGUCACCUUUUACUAGAAUGUGAUUGAUGCGCAACAAAUACCUGAGGUUAAGAUGGAGACACUUAUAUAAAGUGCAUUUAAUUUAAACAAUCUGAAUUUACAUCAUUACAUAAAUUCUGACAUAUUUUACUGUAUUAUUCUGACCUUGGUUGUAAACAUAAGCCUUUUUAUAGCCUACCCUCAGAGCAAAUAUUUAUGUAAGAGAACUCUUGAACAACCUGUACUUUUCUAAUUGUAAUUUUCUAACCAUACUUUCUAUAGCUGAAUGAUCUUCUCACUUUCUAAGAGAUUUGUUUUAGAGCACUGCUUACCACAUGGGUAAGGGCUUUUACACAAUUUUAAAGGAAGGGGUGUCACCAUGGCAAUGCUGCAGGCAUUCAGGAAAUGGGCUUUGACAGCUACAGGAAGUGAGGUAGCUAUGGAAGAAGAAUACUGCUGCCUGCGUUUACUGUAACUCAUACACAGGAACAGUGACAUGUCCAUUAAUAAGGGAUGAUGAAAAAUAUUAUUCUGAAAAUGAAGAAUUUUUUUCUAAAAAAGGGAGCUAUUGAAUGUAUUGUUUUUAUAGUUUUAUGUUACAGUCCUUUAUGCUACCACUGCAAAUGAUGUGUUUUUUUCAAUGUUACUGCUACUGAAUUAUAACAACACCAUAUUGGGGAUGUUUUUAAAUCUUCAAAAGUCCUCAAAAGACUCCUUUAAAAACUGCUGGUAGUUAACAUUUAUGGACACAACAACAGAUCUUAAAUACAUGAGACGAUGAUGCAUUCAUUCAGUAUUAAAUCAGAUUAGUAUUCAGUCAGAUUAUAUGGUGGUUGGUAUCGCUCAUGUCAGCUGGGUGAUCUGAAAUUAAUACUCCUUAUAGUGCUCCACGUGAGCCUGUUUUGGCAGAAUUGUGUUGCAUUGUGGAGGAGAGGAAACCGAAUGGCCUCUGGUCACCAGAGAUGGAUAUGGGGUCAUUUGUUAACACAUGACUAGAGUCUGGCUGCUUGUUUUUCAGGGAUUCUUUUGUACGUAGUGUAUACUCUGUAUU